GCAUUAGUGUCCGUAACAUAGGACUUGUGAAAUGGAGGGACGAUAAGUAUCACGAAGCGAGGAACCGCUUGAAAACCGUCAGUCUACUGUGACUCCGUUUAUUCUAACCUCGUCCGUCUCGUGAUUAGUGUCCGACAGUCUCUAGAAACUAAUAUUAUAAUAUUACACAGAAGCAUGGCCACGGACGUACGAGGUGUUGUGCUGUCUGGCACGGAACUAGCCAAGGAAAUUCGCGAAUCCUUAACCAAGGAUGUAGCUGUCCUGAAGUCAACGCUGACGGAUUUUGCACCGGGUCUGGCAAUUGUUCAGGUUGGUGGCCGCGAAGAUUCCAAUGUCUAUAUUAGAAUGAAGAUUAAAGCAGCCAGUGAAAUAGGAAUCAAGGCAGAGCACGUUAAACUCCCAAACACGAUAACGGAAACGGAACUUCUCAACAAAUUAUACAAAUUAAAUAACGAUCCCAAUGUACACGGAAUCAUUGUUCAGAUGCCAUUGGAUAGUGUAAAUCCAAUAAAUUCUCAUCUCAUCACAGAUACCGUAUCACCCGACAAAGAUGUCGAUGGACUUAAUACCAUCAAUGAAGGAAGAGUCGCCAUUGGCGAUAUGACCGGUUUUUUACCCUGUACACCAAACGGUUGCAUUGAACUUAUAAAAAAGAGCGGAGUUCCAAUCGCAGGUGCCAACAGUGUCGUUCUGGGUAGAAGUAAAAUCGUCGGUACACCAGUGUCUGAAUUAUUGAAAUGGAAUAACGCAACAGUUACAGUUUGCCACUCAAAAACUAAAGAUUUAGCAAAAGUGGUAUCUCAAGCAGACAUUUUAGUUGUUGGUAUCGGACAGCCUCAACUCGUCAAAGGUUCCUGGAUCAAACCCGGUGCAGUCGUUAUUGACUGCGGCAUCAAUUCUAUACCAGACGCUACAAAGAAAUCGGGUCAGCGCUUAGUAGGCGAUGUGGACUACGACGAGGCUGUCAAAGUAGCUUCGUACAUUACACCAGUUCCUGGAGGAGUUGGUCCAAUGACAGUAGCCAUGUUGAUGAAGAAUACAGUAAUCUCGGCACAACGAGCAGCUGAACGAUUGAUAAAUUCUAAAUGGAAUUUGCGAAUUUUACCACUGAAUAAGCAGAAGCUGGUUCCUAGCGAUAUAGAAAUCUCCAGGAGUCAGGAACCCAAGCAAAUUGCUAGUUUGGCAGAAGAAAUUGGUCUUUCCCCAAGUGAAUUCAGUCCGUACGGCAGCAAGAAAGCGAAAAUCAGUCUGAAAAUUCUGAAAAGAUUGAAGAAUCAGUCAAAUGGAAAAUUUGUUGUUGUUGUUGGAAUUACACCUACGCCUUUGGGUGAAGGAAAGAGUACUACUACGCUUGGCUUGGUUCAGGCUUUGUCAGGUCUUCGUGGAAAAAAUUCUUUUGCUACUUUGAGGCAACCCAGUCAGGGUCCAACUUUUGGUGUCAAAGGUGGCGCUGCUGGUGGUGGUUAUUCCCAGGUUAUUCCUAUGGAGGAGUUCAAUCUUCAUCUCACUGGUGAUAUUCAUGCAGUCAGUGCAGCUAAUAAUCUUCUGGCCGCUCAGAUAGAUGCUAGAUAUUUUCAUGAAUCCACACAAACAGAUAAAGCCCUUUAUGAAAGACUGGUGCCAACUGUUAAGGGUGUCAGAAAGUUUUCCAAAAUUCAGAUAAAAAGGCUACAAAAACUUGGGAUUACCAAAACUGAUCCAAAUUUGUUGACGCCGGAAGAACAGAGUAAAUUUGUCAGAUUGGACAUUGAUCCUGAAAAUAUUACCGUGACCAGAGUCGUUGAUAUAAAUGAUCGUUUCCUACGUAAAAUCACUAUUGGCCAAAGUCCAACGGAAAAGGGACACACCAGAGAAACUUCCUUCUGCAUUUCCGUGGGUUCAGAAAUAAUGGCGAUUCUGGCUCUGGCUACUAGUGUUGAAGAUCUGAAGCAAAGACUAGGAAAUAUGGUCGUUGCUUUCAGCAAAUCUGGAACUCCACUUACUGCUGAAGAUUUUGGUGUGACUGGGGCCAUGGCUGUUCUCCUGAAAGAUGCUAUCGAUCCAACACUAAUGCAAUCUUUGGAAGGUACCCCAGUGUUGGUACAUGCUGGACCUUUUGCAAAUAUCGCCCAUGGUUGCUCAUCCAUCAUCGCCGACGCUAUUGCCCUUAAACUCGUUGGUCCCGACGGCUUCGUUGUAACGGAAGCUGGAUUUGGUUCCGACAUCGGCAUGGAAAAGUUCUUUAACAUAAAGUGUCGUACAUCCGGUCACAUUCCCAAUGCUAUCGUCCUGGUAACAACGGUCAGAGCUCUUAAGAUGCAUGGAGGUGGUCCUGCAGUGACACCUGGUGCAGUCCUUAAGAAAGAAUACGUAGAGGAGAAUCUUGAGCUGGUUCGCAAGGGUCUGCCAAAUCUUCAGAAACACAUUAGCAAUGGAAACAAAUUUGGAGUUCCUGUCGUAGUCGCUAUCAACAGUCACGCUACGGACACUCAGGCGGAAUUAGAACUCGUCAAGGAAGCAGCUAUUGCAAGUGGUGCAGAUGAUGCAAUCAUUUGCACUCACUGGGCUGAUGGCGGUGAAGGUGCAGCUGCACUUGCAGAUGCAGUUAUUGCUGCAACAAAUAAACCAAACAAAUUUAAAUUCUUGUAUGACGUGAACGCAAGCAUUGAGGAGAAGAUUAAUAUCAUUGCCAAGGAAAUGUAUGGCGCUGGACGAGUUGUCCUUGCGGACAAGGUCAAAGGAAAAAUUGCCGAAUACACAAAAUUAGGAUAUGACAAACUCCCACUUUGUAUGGCUAAAACUUCCAACUCAUUAACGGGAGAUCCAGCAAUCAAAGGUGCACCCACUGGAUUCACCCUGGAUAUUACUGAUAUCUUUGUGUCAGUAGGAGCUGGAUUUGUUGUUCCAAUGGUUGGAGAGAUCAUGAGAAUGCCAGGACUAGCUACCAGGCCAAAUAUCUACGACAUGGAUUGGAACAGCGAAACAGAUGAAAUUGAAGGACUUUUCUAAAUAUGGCAAGACAUGAAGCACUUGUAUUUUGCAAAUUUUGAGAUUCAACCACUAUGUUGGAUUUAUGUAUGUAUGGUACAGAUUGUAUCAGGUCCACGUUGUUAUACUCUUUUGUACUGUAAAAAUUUAAUUGUUUAUUUGUUAAGAUCUGAACUUGUUAUCCACAUUGCUAUAAUACAUUUAUAAUUAAAAGAA